AUGGUUGCAGCUCCCACACUUAUUGCACUACAAAGAGGGCUUAUUCUACCACCAACCACAGAUCUGUUUGAGACUGUUUGCUAUUCUGAAGUGAAGCUCGUCGAAGAAGGUUCUCAAAACCCGUCAUUGUGGCUAACUGUAACACAUAAACGAAAUUUGAGCCAUUCUUUCCAUUCGCUUUCCACCAUGGUCCCUUCCUUACUCCCGACGUCCGCACCUUUGUGGAAACGCUGGAAUCGCCGGCGCAAACCCAGUACAAGAAAAGCUGAUGAUACAUCGCCACUACUUCAUCCGGGAAUGCCACCGAACGUAUCCUGGUGGAAUUCGCCGCUUCUCGACGAAAAUUCCUUCAUACCGGUGUUUCCAGAGAGUCUCCAAGAAGCUGAGAGUCUGGAAGCACAAUGGGACCGCCUUGAUCGUCUAGAUGGAAUCGCGGGGAAACGAUUUCAGAAUAAAAAUGGAAAAAACAAACAAGCAUCGUGUCGACCACCACUCACUCGAGCUCCGCAAAUUCACGGGCUCGACUCCAAGAGUUAUGAAACGACCGAAACCGAGGACGACUCACAAUCGGAACGUAGCGUUGAAACACCUCUAGUACCUACAGCGAUUCGCUGGGCCGAUCAUCACAACUUGCCUCUGGCCAAAACACACGUUCUGAAUCUGCACGGUGGCCAACAUCGUUUGGUUAUAUUGCUCAUUCAUCCGAUCGCGCGGAAGUUUGAGUUCUUACACGUUGAAUACGACGUCUCCCAGAGACUUACCGUAGGUGGGAUUCUGCAGCAGAUUCCUCAUUUAGCUUCCAGCAAAUGGUUUCGGCCGUUGCACUUCACCGCACUUUACCACUCCCGGACGGGUUCGGCUACAAAUGACGGCGAGAAAAGUACGAGCCAUCAUAGAUCUUCAUGUACUGAACUUAUUCAUAUUGUGACGUGCCAAGACUAUGACUUUGCUUGGAAUGAGAUAUUAAUUGCGGUCGCGGAUACCUUCGAAGCCUCCGUGGUAACGGAGCAAGCCUCUCAGCUACUUCUCAACGCCCCGUUGCGUAAAGCUGUACGGAAGGCCAAGUACACUGGGCGAGCAUUGCAACAGCUAAAACCGGAUAGCAAAUCAACCAACCUGUCGCGACAGCUUGAUGCAAUCGAAAAGCUAGCGUUAUCGUGGGAUCAUAUACCCGACUUUGAUGCACUGAAGUCGGUUCUGCACAACGCGUUUGAUUUGUUCUGUAAUCCUGCCAAAUAUCAGGUGCUGGAUGUUUUUGAUGAUCUGUCUAUUUUAUCUGUUUCUAUUGAUGAUCACGAAUUCCGAUGA